AUGUACUUCAAUACAGAUUUGCCUUUUCAUCUGUUAUUUGAGGCCUGGAAUGUUGAUACUGUUGGAAAAUUGGUUGGUGCUUGUGUUGGAAUUUUUCUUCUGGCGCUUGUAUACGAAGGAACGAAAGGGAUUCGCGAUCGCCUCCUUGUAAGCAAGUUGACUUCGUCGUCGUUGGUUCGCUACGCGGGUUCUGCUGCCGAUGCCGAUGCAGUCAAUGCCUCAUCAUCCACUCCCGGAUAUGGACUCCAUCAGGGUGACCAUGUUGUCCCUUUGUCUCAGGGAACUAUGUCCGGGGUGUAG